AUGUCGUACUUCUUUGCAACGCCGGUCGAUAUCGACAUUGUCCUUGACGAUGCCGACGAACGAUCCAUGGUGGAUGUCAAGCUAGACAAGAACCGGCGCGAGAAGGCUCCGCUGUAUAUGGACGGCGAGUCUGUCAAGGGCGCCGUGACGGUGCGGCCCAAGGACGGCAAGAGGCUGGAGCACACGGGCAUCAAGGUCCAGUUUAUCGGCACAAUAGAGAUGUUCUUCGAUCGCGGGAACCACUACGAGUUCCUGUCGCUAGUGCAGGAGCUUGCGGCCCCGGGCGAGCUGCAACAUCCCCAGACCUUCGACUUCAACUUCAAAAACGUCGAGAAGCAAUACGAGUCGUACAACGGUAUCAACGUCAAGCUGCGCUACUUUGUGCGUGUCACCGUCUCGCGCCGCAUGGCCGAUGUCAUCCGCGAGAAGGACAUCUGGGUCUACAGCUACCGCAUCCCGCCCGAGAUGAACAGCAGCAUCAAGAUGGAUGUUGGUAUCGAGGAUUGUCUGCACAUCGAGUUCGAGUACAGCAAGAGCAAGUACCAUCUUAAGGAUGUCAUCGUGGGCCGCAUCUACUUCUUGCUUGUGCGGCUCAAGAUCAAGCACAUGGAGCUCAGCAUCAUUCGCCGCGAAACAACGGGUGUUGCGCCGAACCAGUACAACGAGAGCGAGACCUUGGUGCGGUUUGAGAUCAUGGACGGCUCGCCAUCAAGAGGAGAGACCAUUCCCAUCCGACUGUUCCUAGGCGGUUUCGACCUCACACCCACCUUCCGUGACGUCAACAAGAAGUUUUCCACAAGAUACUACCUCAGCCUGGUCCUCAUAGACGAAGAUGCCCGGCGGUACUUCAAACAGUCGGAGAUCAUCCUCUACCGACAAGCCCCCGAGAUCGCGGCUGCUGCGGCAGCUGCCCCUCCCGGCCAAAACGCUCUACCAGCGCCGCCUCCCAACGAUAACAGGCUUGCGGGGAUAUCUGCGGCUUAG